UUGAAAUAUAUCUAAAGUAGACGGUCACAUCAGCAGGAUUUUUCAUGCAGGACUAAAAAGCUGGCGGUGUGUCAGCUCAUAAUCAAGUGUCAAGUCAAACAAACUUUAUCCCAGUUCCAGUUAGAUCAUUAUGAAACUUAGAAGGUUUUUAUUACGCUAUUACCCACCAGGAAUUAUACUGGAAUAUGAACAAACCAAGGUUAUGAAAACCAAAUCUAUUGAUCUUUUAGAUCUAAAACCAGAAUCUGAUGUUGAUGCCAUUGUUGAUGAACUGGUUGUAAGAGAACCAUUAAUAACUACUUCACGCAUGGAACAAGUUAGGAAGCUUAUACUUAAGCUUCAAAAUAAACUGGCAUCUGCUAUCACACAACGAUAUUACCUGUUCAAGGUGUUAAGAGCACAUAUCUUACCAUUGACGAAUGUUGCGUUUAAUAAAUCAGGCUCAAGUUUUAUUACAGGUAGUUAUGAUCGGACUUGUAAGAUUUGGGAUACAGCGUCUGGUGAAGAACUGAAUACAUUGGAAGGUCAUCGUAAUGUGGUUUAUGCAGUGGCUUUCAAUAAUCCUUAUGGAGAUAAAAUUGCUACUGGAUCAUUUGAUAAAACGUGCAAGUUAUGGAAUGCUGAAACAGGCAAAUGUUAUCAUACAUUUAAAGGACAUCUUGCAGAAAUUGUAUGCGUUACAUUCAACUCACAAAGUACAAUUGUCGCUACUGGGAGCAUGGAUAAUUCUGCAAAACUUUGGGAUGUACAAAAAGGAGUGGAAUUAGCAACUUUAAAUGGGCACUCUGCUGAAAUUAUAUGUCUAGCGUUUAACAGUUCUGGUGAUCAACUUUUAACAGGGUCGUUUGACCACACCUGUAGUGUUUGGGAUGUACAAACUGGAAGGAGACUUCACACACUUAUUGGCCAUCGAGCAGAGAUAUCCAACGCGAUGUUUAACUUCGAUUGCUCUCUUAUUGUGUCUGGUUCUAUGGAUAAAACAUGCAAAGUAUGGGAUACAGCCACUGGGAAGUGUAUAGGAACACUAAGAGGACACGAUGACGAGGUGCUUGAUGUUGCGUUUGAUUACACCGGUCAAUUCAUAGCCACGUGUUCAGCUGAUGGGACCGGGCGUGUUUACAACAGUACCACACAACAAUGUGUGUGUAAACUGGAAGGCCAUGAAGGUGAAAUCUCCAAGGUUAUAUUCAAUCCACAAGGUACACGCAUUCUUACAGCAAGUAGCGAUAAAACAGCUCGACUGUGGGAUCCCCAAACGGGUGAAUGUGUGCAGAUACUAGAGGGACAUACGGAUGAAAUCUUCAGCUGCGCGUUCAAUUAUGAAGGGAAUAUAGUGUUAACUGGAAGUAAAGAUAACACUUGUAGAUUGUGGAGAUAAGAAUGGCAGAUGGCGGAGAUAACAUUACAUAUAGUGGAGAUGAAACUACAGCGCGAUACCCUAAAUCUGAAUAAGUUAAAGAUGAUAUGCUGCUUGGUCUUACAUGACCGUCUUGCGAGCAUUAUUUUUAAAUGAGAACUGUUCCCAAAAUUUUCUAAAGAGUUCCAAGAUUUUUAGUGAUGUGUUAAAAAUAAGAAAUAAUAUAAUUAUGUAAUCCUAAUAUAUAGUAUACUAACUUAUUAUAUACUUCGUAAACCGUACGUGUAUUUGCUAGAAGGAUAUUUUUGAAGUUCAAUGUUUUUUAUUAUUUCUUGGUUUAUUACCAUCAGGCAAUUUUGUUUCGAAUUGAUAUGUAUCCUAAGAAAUACAGAGAGUAGAUUGGC